AUGACCCACUUAGGGGUUCCAGCCUGCAGCAUAGAAAUCCCUACCCCUGAACUUCGUGAUGUCACUUCCUGCCUCGGAGCCUUCACCAGAGAGCACGGAGUAACCCCAAGGGUGAGGCUGAGCCACUCGAACUCGCGGUGCCUGGGCCAGCUGGAGGUCUUUCACCAGGACCGGUACUCCUCAGUGUGCAGCCAGAGCUGGGGCCGGAGCUGGGACCGAGAGGAGCCCGUCAAGCUGGCCAAGGAGAUCUGCCAGCAGCUGAGCUGUGGGGAGGCCCUGACGCUCACCGCCAUCCCUCGCUUCAACCAUCCAUGGAACCAGAUCCUCUGCCACGGGCCCCUAGGGUUCCUCAACUGUACAAGCACCAGUGCUGCUCGGUGCCACCCUCUGAGCCUGAUCUGCUUAGACCCACCGACAGUGACGCCUCCACCCACAAGCCGCCCGCCCACCACCACUCCGGAGCCCACAGCACCCCCCAGGCUGCACCUGACAGUGGGGCCUGGGGUUCUGCACUGUGCAGGCAACGUGGAGUUCUACCAGGGCAGUCUGGGUGGCACCAUCAUCGACGAGGCCCAGGACCUGACCCAGGGCCUGGGGGACCGCAUCUGCGCAGCCCUGCAGUGUGGCUCCUUCUUGAGGCGUCUGCCAGAGGCCAGGGCAGCCGAGGGGGCACGCUCGGAGCACAGGCCCUCACCAACGCAAUGGAAGAUCCAGAACGCCAGUUGUGCCUCCCUGGAGCAGUGCUUCCGAAAGACCCAGCCCUGGGAGGGCGGCCAAGCUCUUGCCCUCAUCUGCUCAGACUUCCAGCCCAAGGUGCAGAGCCGCCUGGUGGGUGGCCGCGACACAUGUGAAGGCACCGUGGAGGUGCGCCAGGAAAGGCACUGGGCAGCCCUGUGCGACAGCUCGCCAGCCAAGAACGCAGCACGGUGGGAGGAGGUGUGCCACAAUCAGCAGUGCGGCAGCGUGAACACCUAUGGGGAGCUGGAUGCCGGGGAGAAGACCUCCCGGGGAGUCUUCUGUCUCCAGGAGAAGCUGUCCCAGUGCCAUGAGCUUCAGGAGAAAAGGUCCCGCUGCAAAAGGGUGUUUGUCACAUGCCAGGACGUGCGCCCCCAGGGCCUGGGGGCGGGCACUGUGAUGAGCAUCCUCCUGGCCCUUCUGCUUCUGAUGUUGCUGCUGGUCAUGUGUGGGCCCCUCGCCUACAAGAAGCUGGUGAAGAAAUUCCGCCAGAAGAAGCAGCGCCAGUGGAUUGGGCCAACGGGAAUGAACCAGAGCAUGUCUUUCCAUCGCAACCACACGGCGACUGUCGGGUCCCAGGUUGAGAACCCCACAGCAUCUCACGUGGAUAACGAAUACAGUCAGCCCCCCAGGAACUCGCACGUCUCAGCCUAUCCGGCCCUUGAAGGGGCCCUGCACCGCGUUUCUGCACAGCCUGACAACUCCUCCGACAGCGACUAUGAUCUACGCGGGGCUCAGAGGCUGUAA